CUUGUGCAGUUGCAAGAUGCGCUUCUGAAUUAUAACAGUUUAUCUGGGUGUAGAGUCUGUGCCAUCGCCCUGAGGUAUGGACACGAGCCGAAGUAAUUUUUCGGAUAAGUGAUAAGGAAAUCGAUAAGUAGAAACGUGAGGCGUGCUUUCUUUGCGCGCGUGCUACAUCAUGGAAUGUAAACUCAAACGCACUUUUUAUGUCUUCAUAAACAUUUCACGUUGUACCUUGAGGUUUUUAGAUCUAUUUUAGAUCGCAACGAUCAUUUUGACAGUAUGUCUUUGGUGUUAAUGUGUUGUUUUGUUGAGAUAUGAGUAAAGAAAGACACUUUUCCUCAGGCUGACGCCAUGCGCGCGCCAUGUAGCGGUUCUCUCUGCACGCGCGUGUAAGCGACCUGUAAAUUCUGUAUGUGCCUACCUGUUCGGAGGGUAAGACAGAUGUCACUUAGUUUUUUUACAAAAAUACAACGUUUUGCUAUUGAUUUUUCUCUGUACCUGAACUCGCAGAACGAGGAGGGAAUCUUUUUUCUCUUUUUGUCUCGUGUUGAAAGCAGACGGAAGGCGUUUCUCGCGCGUUGCAGCAAAUGUCAACUUGUGCAGUGAGUAACUACAGUCAUGUGCCAGAGGGCCAGUCGGACUCGGACGAUGAAGAUAAGCUUCAGAUUGUGGAGGAGGAAGGAAGUCUCUUGGAUGUGGCUGACUGUGACAGCGUGGCUCCAGACGACGACCAUAACGGGAUGGCCGACCAGGACGGCAGAUGGGAUGAUGUGAAAGAGGAGUGCAUGUCAGAUGAAGAUGAGAGGAGCAGAGAUGCUUUGGUUGAGGAGAUGCUCCAGCAAGGGGACACUGCCGUCAUCUUCCCAGAGGCACCAGACGACGAACCACGACAGGGAACGCCAGAGACAAGCGGACAUGAUGAAAAUGGCACGCCAGACUCGUUCUCUCAGCUCCUCACCUGUCCGUAUUGCUCUCGUGGUUACAAGCGUUACACCUCGCUGAAGGAACACAUUAAAUACAGACACGAGAAAAGCGAGGACAACUUCAGCUGCUCUCUGUGCAGCUACACCUUUGCCUACCGCGCACAGCUGGACAGACACAUGACCGCACACAAAAAUGGCAGAGAACAGCGACAUGUUACUCAGUCAGGUGGAGGAGGAAAUCGAAAGUUUAAAUGCACUGAAUGUGGCAAAGCCUUUAAAUACAAACACCACCUGAAAGAACACCUGCGCAUCCACAGUGGAGAAAAGCCUUAUGAAUGCUCCAACUGCAAGAAACGAUUCUCUCAUUCUGGCUCCUACAGUUCUCACAUCAGCAGUAAGAAGUGCAUUGGCCUAAUCUCAGUGAAUGGGCGGCCACGGCCCCCUCCCGCCACUGGGGUAGCAAAGACCCCACAGUGCUCUUCCCCGUCCCUGCCGACCUCUUCCCCUACAGCACGUGCCCAAAUCAGAGACAAACUAGACAACAGCAAACCCCUUCAGGAGCAGCUCCCUUUGACACAGAUCAAGUCUGAGCCCAUUGACUUUGAGUACAAGCCUGUGGUGGUGGCUCCAUCUGCAAGAGGGGUAAAUGGCAUAUUCCAGGGUGGGGCCGCGGGUGCCGUGCAGGCUGUUGUGCUCCCAACAGUAGGCCUGGUUUCCCCUAUCAGCAUCAACCUGGGGGACUUGCAGAACAUGCUGAAGGUGGCGGUGGACGGGAACGUCAUCAGGCAAGUGCUGGAAAGCACCCAGGCCAAGGGGCAGCAAACAGGGACGGGGAUUCAGGCCACCCAGCAAGUUAUCCAAGCCAUUAGUCUUCCCAUCCUGGACCAGGAUGGCAAUGCCAAGAUCAUCAUCAACUACAGCCUAGACCCUUCACAGGCCCAAGCAGUCCUGCAGAGUCCCAAGAAAGAAACUUCUGAGGUCUGUAAGGCACAGAAGCUGCCAGAGGACCUGACAGUUAAGACAAAUAGGGACAAAACCAUCACUGUGGAUGAGAAGAGCAUGUUACUUGAUGACACAACGCAUAAACACUGUGGUAAAGAUGGACAUAGGGUUAAUGGGAAAAGUCUUGAUGGGAAGAUGGACAUAGAAGAUGGACUAUGUCCUGGGCAGCCUCCACUGAAGAACCUUCUUUCCUUGCUUAAGGCUUAUUUUGCCUUAAAUAAUGAGCCCACGAAGGAGGAGCUGGCAAAGAUAUCCGAAUCAGUUAGUCUUCCAGCAGAGGUGGUGAAGAAAUGGUUUGAGAAGAUGCAGUUGGGACAGAUCUCUGUAGACCCCUCUUCACCCCUGGCUGAAGAUGAGCAGACCAGUCCUGCGGAACUGGAUGGGACUAACGGGGUAUCACCCAGACCAGAGCAGGAUGAGCAAAUGAAUACAGAGGAACCAGAGGAGAGAGAGUGUUGUAGCCCAACACAAGGCAAAGAUGCUGGAAUGAAUGGAACUGAGAGCGUCCCUGCAUCCCCUUCACCACUAAACCUGUCCGCUGAUGGACCUGUCCCAGCCAGGACUAAUGAGGAAGGCGAGGGACCCCUCGAUCUGUCGCUACCAAAAUCCGCUGCUUCGCCUACCGGGGCUAGCGGGCACGCUAACACUGUUUACUCGGCUCAAGAGGAGCCACUGAAUUUGACUUGCACAAAGAAGGAACUGCUCAAUGCUGCCAUAUAUGCCAGCCAACCAAGUGCCAAUCCCAUAAACAUCAUGACCACUCAACUUCCCACACUAGUGGCUAUCACUGACCAGGGACAAGGACAAUGUCUACGUGCAAUUACCACCACUAAACAGACCAUCCUGAUCCCUCAGCUAGCCUACAGUUACACCACUACAUCGUCUAGCCCUGCAGGGACCGAUACGCCGCAGAAGAAUAUACUGCAGGUCAAUGGCAUCAAGGAGGAGAAACAGGAGAUGGGGUCAGAGGUCACUUCAACGUUGGAAGAACAGACGGACUCCGACUCAGGGCCUACGAGGAAGAAGAUGAAAAGGACAGAAAGUGGCCUGUACGCCUGUGACCUGUGCGACAAAAUCUUCCAGAAGAGCAGCUCACUGCUCCGCCAUAAAUACGAACAUACAGGUAAGAGGCCUCAUGAAUGUGGGAUCUGCAGUAAAGCCUUCAAACACAAGCACCACCUGAUCGAGCACCUGCGCCUGCACUCCGGUGAAAAACCCUACCAGUGUGACAAAUGCGGCAAACGCUUCUCUCACUCCGGCUCCUACUCGCAACACAUGAAUCACCGUUACUCCUACUGUAAGAAAGAGGCUCAGGGUCAAGAGUUGAGCCAGGGGGUCGAGGAAGAGGACAACGGCGGCGAAGAGCAGCCUCGGACGGGCAGCGCGGCGACCUCGCCCCCCUCCCACCUGGACUCGGAUGAGCGAGGGAGUAGCACCAGAGAAGAUGAGAGCGAGGAAGAGGAUGAGAUGGGUUCAGGGAGUCUAGUGGAUGAAGAUGAGAUUCAGGUUGUGAAGAUUGGAGAGGAAGGAGACGAGGAGGAUAUGGGAGCAGAUGAAGAGAGGAUGGAGGAGACGGAACAAGGUGAGGGUCAAGAUGAAGGUGACAGUGAAGGAGAUAAAGACGGACAGAUGCUGAAAGUCGUGGUGAUGCAGGACGAAUGUGAGGAGGAAAACGGAGAUGAAGAACGGACUGCAGAAAAGGAGGAGGAGGAGGCGAUAAUGGACACACAUAUGAAGGAAACGUCAGAACGAGUCGAGGAUAAGAAAGACAGUGAAAAUGAAGGAAAGACACCCACUAUAAACGGAGACGUGAAAUGAAGAGAAACCACAAAUGUGUUUUUAAGACCUUUUAUUCCUUACAACAUUGUUUUACAACGUUACUAAUUUGAAGGAACAAAAAGACAAUUUUUCUCUUUCUUCCUGAGAACUGACUGUGUGUUUAUGAUGGAAGAAUAGUUGAGAGGAAAGAAAGAAAGAAAGAGAAAAGAAGAGAGCUUGAUAGCUCUUACGCUGCAUUUAAGCCCACUACUGUGUAUAAAAUCCCCAGGUGUGCCUGAUAAAUACAAAAUAGUUACUUUUUCCACAUAAAGGUGAUUUUCAGUGUUUGAGUAUGGUUUGUAUAAAUGCAAAGUUUAACGAAAAAAAGAAAAAAAAAGAAAAUGACGCAUAUAUGGACAGAAAGCUAGACAUGUUUUGGCUAAUAAUGUUUUAUUACUAAAACGCCUUGGGUCAAUUUCUUUUAUCAGUAUUACUAAUUUUGUGUCACUCUCGGAUUACCCUUGAAAGAUGUGUACAGUUGGGAGAGAGAGAUUUCUAUACGUUUUUAUUGCCAAUGAACAAAACUCAGUAUUUUCUUGCAUUUGAAAGAAAUGAAUCCUGUGCACUACCAUAUUCCCAGUUUACCUAUGGAACACCUAUGUGGGCCUUGUGUUGUUUAAUGUCUACCUUCCAGUAUUAGCACCCCAGAUAAAGUACCCAUUGCCACGCCGGCGAUCGCUGGCACAACAUGUGUCUCGUUUCAAGGUGGAUCGUGAGCCUUAAAUGUAAACAGAUUAACGUGGUCGUGGUGGGGGUGGCAGGGCUGGCCAUUGAGAAGUCCAAAUGAAUUUUUUGCAAACCGAGAUAUGAGAGAUAAACCUUAGUAAUCAACACCCACCCAUCCACCUUUAUGCAAAAACACGCAUGUUGGAAGUGCCAUUGAACAGUGCUGUGCCGUUGCUGUGACGGCAGCAAUUUUGGUAGCAAAAUUUUGGAACCCUGCAUUUAAACCACUAGUCCUGAUUAAAGGACAAGACUGCCUCUUUUUUUUUGAUCAAUUCAGUAAAAGGACUAUACUGCAUCAAAAAUUCAGGAAAGACGAUCAAUGAACAAAGAGGAGAAAAAUGAAGUUCUUUUCCCCUGUUUGGUGCACUUGUUUAUCUUGUUAUCUUUAGCUGCACGACACUUUUUCUUCAGGUAACAAACGUAGGCAGAUAUGAUCAAUGAAGAAUUCACUUUAGUGUUUUUUGUUUCUUUUCGUUCGGCCUUUUUACCUGUCAGUAUUAAUUUUUGUCUCAUUUGUAUUGAAGUUGUUUUGUUGUUGUUGUUGUUUUCAGUGAAUGUCACGUAAGGUUUUUCCAGUAAAGGCAGUAUUACCCUCCCAUCCCUCACCAGUAUAACUUUACAUUUUUAGUUUUAGAGACCUUUUAUAUUUAUGUGUCUUAUUUUUGUAUUUUCUUUAUGGUUAUUUAUUACACAGUGUAGUGUACAAUACUGUAGUUUGUAUUAAUACAAUAAUAUAUUUUAGUAUGAAGAAUAAUUUCGAAGAUAAAUGAAUUCAAAGCUGGGGAAGAAACUCUAGCAUUUCAAAGUGUUUUAAAACAGAAAAAAGUAUUAUUUUCAAAUUUUCAAUGCAUUGUUUGAAAAAAAAAUAAACACCCGUAAUGUUACCUUUUUCAUAUCAUUCACUUUAUAAUGUUACUGUCUUUUACCCCACUAUACUUUGAAGCUACUGAACUUCUGAAAUCUAAACGUAUGCUAUACACGCAUGAGUCUUUGCUGUUGUAUCGAAAAAUUGUCUUUAACCAUGAAACUGUGCUGCCCUUCUAACAAAGCCAAAACAUCAUAAAUGUCUGUCUGUCUGUCUUGUUUUUUUUUUGUGCCAAUUUAUAACUCUGUCUAAAUGAAGGCAACAAAGUCUUUUAUAUGUCCCUGUUUUAACCCUUUUUAGUGAUAGCUUUUGUUUGACUGUUUUAUUUUGUUUUUUUAAUGAAUCCCCAUCUCACAAUAAAAAAAUCAAGAAUUCAACAUGCA